UGGAGACAGAGGGCGAGAGGGAUUAAUUAUGUUUAAACUCCUGUAGCUGUAGAUCAUAUACGCACAACUCUAAUGAAAUGCUAAUAAAAGUCAACAUCCACUACAUUGAAGAUUUAUCAGUCUCUGUAACCUAAUAAACCUCGGAGUUACUUUGUUUUCACCCGAGGACUGAGCCUAGCCUGCCAGCAAGUAUUCUGCAUUGAGCAUAUACUAUUACUUGUUUUCUCGUUCAUCUUCUGUACUACUAGCUAGUGCUAUCCACCUCAUCGGCUUGAAGGCUUUGUGCUACGCCGCGGUCAGCCUGCUGAUGAUGUGACGAGCAUCUUCGUCUGUCUUCUUUCAGGAGAGAAAAAAGGAAUUCAAUUUCUACAGCGCUCUACUACUGCAGUGAGAUCAUAAACACGAGCACGACGUGACAAGAUGGUGGCCACCGCUCCUGAAACCGGGUACCACGGUCUCAAGGAAGACAGCAAGCACGCCGACUAUGAAUGACAAACAAAGUGGUCUCUCGUGCGUGGUACUAGAAGUAAUUGCAGAAGUAUAGAGCUCUCCUUGUACGUAGCCCAUGACAAGCAAGAGGUACGUGACUUAGCUAUAGCUUGGAAAGCGAAAGGAGAUUAAGACUUGUCUUGCAGGAAUGCGAUUACAAGUACUACGAGAAGUGCGAGACUUUUGCACAGGAUAGCGAUUGGAAUGGGCUGAAAGCCGACUAUCACGUCGAAGAGGAUGGGAGAGGAGAGGUAUCCACUGCAAAUUAUAUGCCUGGGUCUGGAAAGAUAAAGAAAAAGGAUGGACCUUGUGAUGGUAACUCUAACGUUCGAUCAUGCAGAAACAUGUACAAGUGCCGCGUGAGCACCAACUACUAAAAAAGCUGUCAGUUUAUUAUAUUUUUUUUCAUCCGGACAAGGUAUCUCCACCCAUGUAGGAUAGGUAUUGGCAAACUUCUUCGCCGCGAACCCUGUACUGCGACGAGAGCAUGCAUCACCGACAUCGCGGGCAAAAAUCAAAAUGCAAAAGCUGCAUGACCAACGCCCCCAAUCAUCUUGUUCCAGACCCAGACAUAUGAUUUGCACGUCCAUAAGAGGUGCUCUUCAUCGACGGACAUCCGGUGAUGGAGCAGUGGGAAAUAUGCCGGUGCAGAACUACUCCCCCUCUCGCUUUUACUUGUCAUGCAAAAUCCCAAGUUCAGCAGUUGCCGUUCUACAGUACGUAUGACAAAUCCCGAGGACAGGGCAAGUGGUUCAACAGUCUGCAGCGUAGCAACUUGUCAUGCACAAACUCCAUGCUGGCAGCGUUCGCGUUUCUAUAAUUGCUGCUGUUCAUGCCCUUCUACAACAAAUGAGCCGGGAGGGAGGGAGCUAUAAUGUGCACUGUCAUAAGAAAAACCGUACAUGGAGAAACUCGCGGAAGUGGCCACGCAGAAUAUCAAACAAAAAAGUCUUAACGUUACCGGUUUUCACAGAUGGCAGUCAUGCAUUACACAUUUUGCCUUCCAUACAUGCUACGCAAUACAAAUUUGGGCACCUUUUCUGAUGCAUUCCUGCAUCGCAAAUUCCGUUAACGUUAACACUUUUUCUUGUGAUACAGAAGGGCGGAAAAGUCCUCGAGGUCGGCUUUGGACUCGGGUAAGAUGAACUAUGCGUUUCUUAUUUUUUCAGAAAGUACUUGUAGAGAGUCGUCCUCCCGCACAAGUUAGCACAGUGCACGAUCAUAGUACAAAUUAACACAAGGACGAUUGCGAUUUGCUGAAAUGAUAGAGGACAAAUCGCAACUCUUUCCGUUUUUUUUUUUUUUGAGUUUGAAAUAAAGGUUAGAAAGCGACUUCCUUGCAGCUCCGUUGUUGUGGCGAUAAUCACUACGAGAUGGAGAAGGAUGAAACUGUAUGUCGUCGCUGCGUGGAUAUUAAAGAAUGGUUUAAGUAAGUUGUACACGAAAAAUGAAAAUAAAACGUAAAGAAAAUGGAUAUUAGAAAAAAUUACCGUAAAAAUAUUACAGUCUCUCUGCCUCUGCCGUCCAGCGAUACGACUAUCCACUGAGAAAAAUAUGACUCACUACACCCACGUACAUUUGGCUUUGCAUGAAGACAGAAGCAGAAGCAGAAGCUGCAGACUCAAGUACUACAACUCGAUGUUUUAGUACAACGUGGUAAAUGUAUGACAUUGGCUGACUGGGAUUGUCUUUUUUCUAGGGAUAGCGACAUCGAGGAGCACAUAAUAAUUGAGGCGAACGCCGACGUCAUCAAGCGUGGACAGGAGUGGGCCAAGGACAAACCGCACAAGGUGACGUUUAUCAAAUGCAAAAGUGUCUGGGUCUGGAAAUUUGUGACGCUGGGUGGCGUAUCAUGAUGAGGCCACAAGUGCUGCUGGCCCAGCAUGACAGAAAAGUGAGGCUCGUGGGCAACGUGCAUGACAGAUUUAAGAGUCAUGCCAGACAAGCAUGACAGACAUGCAUUCUUCCAGACUCAGACACUUUUGCAUUUGAUAACGUUUUUGCACGGACUACGCACUGCAAAGAACUAGUUGUGGGGGUUGCACGGUGACGGUUCUUUCAGGAAAAAGUGGAAAUAAAAUGUGCUUAAUUGUCGGAACCAACGUCGUCGCAAUAUGUGCACCGUGAAUCAUGCCUUUUGCUCGAUUUUUUUGUAGGGGUAGGCAGAACCAGAAGAAAGAAAGAAAAUCUGCAUGCAACGAUGAAGACGAUUUUCGGUCGAAAGGCUGGCGCUGCGAACAAUCGGAAGACGAGGAUGAUCAUGAAAACCACUCGCUUUGUUCUAAGUACGUUCUUAUUCUCUUCCUUGAUACGCAUUGUUUCCCUGAGAAGAACCUUGCUGCCUCGACAACCACGUCUCCGCUUGAUACGUUCUGUGGCAAGACAAAGUGGCGGAAUUGCCCGAAGGCUACCUGGACGGAGUGCUGUACUGAUUUGUUUUGUUUGUUCUUGAUGUUGCGGCGUAUCGUGACCUCACCCAUGGUAGCAACAUUCAGGCUCUUUUGGUUUUGCCGAAGAUUUCAAAAGCGCAUGUACUAAUGCUCCUCGUCGCGAACAAGAACUCAAUCACAUACACAUUCACAAUUUAGGUAUGACCCCUACCCGCUGAAUGCCGAGGAGCAGCACACGCAUAUCACACAGAAAAGUGCACGCUGAGGUUGAAUAACGUCGAACAGAAUUUGUGAUGCAAAAACGCAUGCAAAAGCAAAAGAACCAUUACCAAAAACUAGAGUCCAUCUACAGCACGAUGCAGCCUGCAUUUAUUCACAGCCUGCUGCGUCGUGAUAGGAAAAUGGAAUCAGUUAUGCCACGACCUGACCGCAAUCUGCGAAAAGAACACCGCUAGUAACGAAAACGCUUUUCUGAUUGAUAGCGCACCAAUUCGAGUUCAUCGGCAAGGUCAAGUCCAAGCUCAAGCCAGGCGGAAUUCUGACCUACUGCAACCUCACCAGCAUCGGAGUUUUGAUACGACAUAGAAAGAAACAAGUUAAUCUUCUCAGACACGACGUAGCUGCUGUUUUCUUAGCAUAAGAUGAAAACCGACCACUUUGAUGUUACUUGUAAGAUACCACUUGAAUGUAUGAUGAUGAUCCAUCAGUUCCUGGUCCUUGUCGUGCUGCCACCUGAAGAUGGCUGUUCAACGUGCAGCUUGUGUCAAGACAAGUCAAGCUUCAGCAGGUGGACCAAAGAUCGGCGCAGCAUUGGACUUGCCCUCGCUAUAAUUUACUUUGUCUCGAUUUUUUUGUGUAUUAUAUUGUCUUGACUUGGCAGCCUGCUCAUUUCAAGAAGAUGAGUUUCGUAGCAUAAUCGAAGGGGCGACAUGAAAAGUGGGAGGAUUUGUGGGAACAGACGCAGGUUUGAUGUGUUUUUGCAUGUGUAAUAUCUUUAUGUUUCAACUUGAUCAACAUCUUCGACGAAGGAAGCGUGAUAGAAGAUGCUCUACUAACUUGUUCGUCGAUCUAAAAAUGCAAAUUUUUCUGGGAAGAUUAUUCGAAAACACGCACAACGACAUCGAAGGUAGUUGUCUGAUUCUGAGGAACAAAGAAGUACAACACCAGGUCCCCUACAUCCAAAAGUGCGGAUACCCGUCCUACAGUACGGCGUGCUCAGCUGGAACAGUCUGAAUCUGAUGAAAUGGUCCAUUUCAUCAGCGGAUGUGGUCGUGGAUGGUAGAAGUGGUGCCGACGACCCCGACUCACGGGUCCUCGUCUUCUCAGUAUGACAAGAAACUUGCACAAGUACGAUAUCUCUGCCUUGGGUAUCAAGUUGUCUGAAAGAAGUAUGGUCAAUCCUACCGAGUCUUAGAUACGCAUACAAAGCUCCUUGCAGAAGAAGUAGCUUACGCUUUUCCACCCUGUUUGGCCUGUAUGCAAGACCGAAACAUUCUUUUUCUUGCUUCGGUAAAAAUACAAAACAAAAAGAUCAUAAGAUUCAGAUUGAUGUUCCAGAGUUGAAGCGGCUAUACACAGCUUCACAACCUUCGACAUCAAGGCACCGGACACCCUAUCCUGAUGAAAAUGGAAUAAGGAAUUGCAAUUCUUUUUUAUGUGGUCAUCGAUCAACAUCAUGCGCAUGAUGCAUGAGUAGGAGUACGAUGUCGGAGCUUGUACUUGUAGGGUAGAAGUUUAGUGUCGAUUCAACGCAAAGACGAAAGAGUGGUCUCAGGAACGUCGUUUAUUGAGCACGUGCAUGAAAAGCUCGCUGCGUAGUCAUAGAAAUCUUCAUACGUGGAAAGAAAAACAACGCAUUUAUCUCAUUUCAUCGGGAUAGGCUUGCGACUACUACGCCGGCCACACUGCCUAUGGAAGCGUCAGGAUUGAAAUCGUCAAAGUUGAAAUGAUUUGUCAUGCAUAAAAUGCAAGGCAUGGAGUGCCUGUCUUGCCGGGAUGGCAAGUGAGGCAGAUUGUGAGCCUAUUUAGGGUUUGAAAGAGAGCUGCUAAAAGAGCAUGACAAAAGCAGUCUUCUGUGCCCAAACAGCAUGACAAAUUGGAUUCCGGUGCUCGGAAAAUUUGUCAUGCGGCGCUUGAUAAGUGGGCUUCCGACUGGUAUCUGUUUUAUGCAUGACAAACUAUUUCAACUUUGACGAUUUCAAACCUGACACAUCCACACUGCCGCGCUGGUUCCGGUAUGGAAGAGUCGGAGGGAGAACCGUCGGCAUGGAAAUGCUCUUCAGACCAAUUGACUGUAUGUGCAUGCUGAUGCUUGUCCUUGUUCACCUGCAAAUAAAGUACGACAGUCAGUAUUUCUAUUUGACAAAUGAUGAAGAUACUCACAUCGAUUUCGUGCUGUGAGGCGCCAGAGGCAGUUGGUCAUGUUCAUGGUCUUUCUUUGUAUUUCCAAGUUCUUGGCGACGCUCUCCCAUUUGACUUCUUCAUACUCGAAGCUGGAGGCGUAGGUGAACCUAAUUUCGCGGCAUACCCAAACCCAAUGCGUGCAAUGGGCGUUUGCAGUGGAUAUGUCAUGAAGUCGAAGCAGGAAGUACUACCACGUGCCAGUAUUAUAUUUGUGGUCUUGAUGAUCUUGAUCCGCUUACAGCACAGUAGUACAACUGCAAGGAAGAAUAAAAUAAAUUUUGAAUUUUUUAAAGGCUGCGUGCUCGAGUAGGUGUAAGAGCAUCAGCAGGAGCUUCAAGAAUGUUUUUACAAACGAAGACAAGGAGGAAUCUGCGAGAAGCGAGCUGCGCGCUCCACCUUCCACGACCCGCGGCAACACUUAGAAAUAUUACAAGGGGCAACCUUAUAACACCUAUUUUCACAGUAUCGAAUGAGUAAAGACAAAGGGUCUAAGUUAUUUAACUCGUUGAUAUUCUUUGUCGACGUGUAGUACGUAACCAAACAAAAAUUAUAUCCUAACCAAGAACAUUCAAACCGAAACCAAGGGGUGGAAAUUAUGCCGAUAGAAGUCGUUUUCCAGUACUAGUUGUGCACUGCUCUGAUCAUAAUCCGCAUGACCCACCUGGACAACUACGUAGUUGCAGCAUCAACUAGUAGAGAAGUUCUUUGGAAUACGAAUCACGAAUAAAAGGUAAGUUGUCGUCCCUUUCAUCCCUCCGGUGAAGCACGGCUGAUCUGUUGCAGGGGGUCCUUGUUUCGGGGGGUAAGUAGUAGAAC